AUGGCGGGAGCUAAGAACAGUGUACUGAAGGUCACUGGCCGCGUUGGGGUUGCUCGUAGAAGCAGGGCACCCAAGAAAUCACAGGCUUCAACUCAAGCUAAUAAAUUGUUGUCCUGGGCUAAAUCAGGAUCCAGUCCCUCCUCGGCAGAGACAGACCGUGACGAGGCACAGGAAAAGGGGAAUGGGAUCGUCGUUCCCAUUCUCGAAAAUGACCUGCAAGAACCUCACGGCGAACCUCCAGCAUGGGCUGAGGAUCGUAUUGUGCUUGGAGAUGCGCUUCCCUGGUUCCAUUCAGUACAGGGAGGCUGCUACUACCUCGACAAUAUCUGUCGCGGUGUCCUGAUUGACGGAGACUGUGGUGACCGAUCAUACAUCGACGAUGAGAUUGUCAUCACAAGAGUGGGCGGUUCAUGCAAGAAGACGAAGGAAGGUAAGCUGGUCAUGACGAAAGACCACGACCCCAAUGGGCCCAUCCUUCGGUCUCUCUUGAACUCCAUGAGGUUCGAGAUUCCUAUCGGCCUCGUUCUAGGAGCUAAAAAUGUGAACUGCAGCACAAAACUCCCAUAUAAUUUCAAUGUAUUGGGUUAUUUCAGAAUUACUGAUAUCUGGUUUGAGCAAGUCGGAAAGUUUAAAGGUGCUCAGAUGCGCUUUGAGAAGCUCGACCUCACGACGAAAAGCUGGUGGUCACCAAAGGACUCUGCUGAUCCUCUCCCUCUAGAGAAACGCGAGUCUGUAACGCCAGCAGAGAACCCAGUCUGCACUUACUGUUCGAAAGGUAGCCCCAAAGUCUUUGAACAAGGCUGGAUGUGUCUCUAUCAGUUGUGCCCAGAAUUUUGGAAAAUGAAUGAUUCAAUACCGCCAUCGCAGCUCGAUUUCGCCCAGGAGUUUCUCUCCAAAAGGUCGAACCCAGUCAACCGUGUUCAGCCUUAUUGUAGCCUGGUUCCAAACCUCCUUUCGACUUUCUCCGAUAGUCAGACUGACGUCACCGGCACACGCGUUGCAUGGAAAGGAAUCAUCUGUCCGAAAUGCAAGGCAUGCAUCGCCCGAAUCCACUGGAGAUUUUGGGAGUGUACAACGGCCGGCUGCGGUUUCCGAUACGACCCACCGAUGAACCGUGUUUCUUUACGAUCUGUGUUGUCUGAUAUGGAGAUGGGCGCAUCUGGUCAUAGACUGCCAACCAUACCCAAGGACACAACCGUUAUGCCAACCAUUCAAUACAUGAAAAACUACCGUAAAGAUACCUUUGUUCUUCCAGGGGUCGGCAUCGUGACCCAUUUUGCGGCAAAUCGGACAAUAAACAGUCGCCCUUGUGGACCUGAUGAUCUUUUCAACCAGUUGCAAGUGGAAGAUCUCGGUCUAAGACGGUAUCCUAUCUCUCCUAGCGUGGUUGCUGGAACUCUGACCUCUCAUUUCGCUGUCAACUAUGGAAUGCCAUAUAAAUAUAUUGUGAGCGUGGACUCUCGACCCUUCAAAACUGCUCCGCAGGUUAUAAUCAGUGCCCUCGAGCGUCUAAAAUGGGCCACGAAGCAAACAGUGAACGCCGAAGAGUUUCAAACGCCAAACGAGCUCCUUGCGCUUGGCUACUUUGAGGAUAUGUCGAUUGGGUACCAUGACGACGGUGAAUCAUCACUUGGUCCCACGAUCGCAACCCUCUCACUUGGAGCACCGGCAACCAUGCUGAUUCGUAUGAAAGACGAGUAUUACAACGGAUUUAGGAAGAGAGAUAAGGAAAAGGUCUACCUGCAAGACGACCCUGUCCUCCCAGGUUGCGCCAACGAAGAGGCAAGAGCAGAACUUGCACGGGAGUUCCACGCCGGUGAAAUUACUGCAAAAGAGUAUCUGGAAGCGCGACAGGCUCUACCUACGACGAGACGAGAGGCACCACCUAUCUGUACGAUGGCGCUCAGCCAUGGUGAUCUGGCCGUUAUGCAUGGGCCUGACCUGCAAAAGUAUUACGAGCACUCCGUCAUCCCAUCAGGUCGACUUCGAUUCGCUCUGACUGCACGAUACGUAAUGCCCGACCAGGUGGAAGCUUCUGAGCACUGGAAAGGAGACUACGACCCAAUCCCAGAAUUUGAAUACGACGGGGACGAGUAG